AUGUAAAAGACACCAUUUUCUUUUGAUUUAUAGAUGUUCUCUUAAAACUUUGAAUUUAACAAUAAAGAAAUAAUAGGAAAAGGAUUUGAUUCUGUUGUUUACAAAGUGAUUAAUAAAUAAGAUAGAAAUGAAUAUGCAUUAAAAUUAACAAGCUUUAAGGAUUUACAACACAAAUUUAAUUUUUAAUAAGAAAUCAGACUCUUAUAUCAUUUAAAUCAUGAUCACAUUGUAAAAUUUUAUGCAAACUCUCUUGAUGGUAGUUGCAUUUUAAUUGAAUAUAUGCCAUUUGGUCAUUUAGGAAAAUUAAUAGAUCAAAGAGACAUAAGAAUAGAUAUAAGAAUAGUUAAAUCAAUUGUAAAUCAAAUUAUGAGUGCUAUUAAAUAUUUACAUUCUAUGAAUAUAGUACAUGGUGACAUUAAACCAGAAAAUGCAUUAAUAUCAAGAGAUUUCAUAAUAAAAAUUUGUGAUUUUGGAUUUGCUAUAGUGGCUAACUCUCCAAAUACUAAAUUAAGAGGUGGAAGUGAAGGUUAUACAGCACCUGAGUUAUUAAUAAAUGAAAAUUAUGAUGCAAAAAAAUGUGAAAUGUUUUCUUUAGGAGUACUUUUUUUUGUAUUAUUUAUGGGAUAUCGACCAUUUCUUAGUACUCAUCCAUAAAAGUAAGAUAAAUUUUGGAAUUAUAUCAAAAAUCAAGAAUGGGAUAAAUUUUGGAAAAUAUUUGAAACUAAAAAUCCAGAUAUAGGAUUUAGGAACUAUAUUUAAAAAUUAUUGUGUGCUGAUCCUAAAGAGAGAUACACAAUUGAAGAAGCUAUGUAAGAUGACUGGUUUAAAAGUAAUCAAUACACAGCAUAGUAAUUAGCACCUCAUCUAUAAAAACUUUUAAUUAAAUAGUGA